AUGUCAUUUGACGAAAAUGGAAACCGACCGGAAUCGGCCGAACGAACCAUUCAAGUGACAAACUGCACAAUAUACGUCGGACGUGUAGGAAUCGUCAUUGACCCGCGUCUCAACUCCGAUUGUACCAGUAUUCCCAAGACACGCACAACUGAAGACCAUGACGGGUCCUCCUUGAAUACGUCUCCAAAACAGUCGGACUUCGUUGGUGUUCGCAGCACAAAGCCUCGCAGCCAGCGUCAAUCUAUCGCCAUGCCGUACGCGGCCCGACCAAAGACAACAAAAUUCGGACCGACAAGUCGGCAGAAGUCGGUAUGUCAGCGACCGGCCACGUCGCAACUGCCGUGUUGUCUGCACGGCGUUGGUCGGUGUAGUUAUGAGGAGCGAUUCGGCGCUGGAAGCGAUAACUUCACCGCCGGAACCGACGACUGCAACGUCGCCGCACGGAACGGUGGUCCGUCGCGCCGGAACAGCAGCGGACGUUCGACGAUCUGGGGGACCCAGAACGGCGGCCGAUUGUCCCCUCUGAGGUUGGGGUCCCGGGUUCAGAAUGUCUCGAAGUUCGACUGGCCGACGUCGUCCAAGAUACCGGUGCCCCGUUUGAGCCAGCCCAAACCGCCCGCGAGACUGGACAGACCGGUGGACCUGUACGCCGGUUCCAGGCUUCCCGUGCCCAUUCGACCAGGACCGGUUGCGCCGCGGAUUCUCCGGAUCGACCGUACUGGCGACGUGCGGCCGCCGUCGCAGAACGAAGGUCGAAGUGGUCUUUUGUGUGCCACUGCCGACAAGCUGCACGACACCGACGACAAUCUAAACGGCCGGCAGUGCUUCAUUGCUGACAAGCUACCCGACACCGACGACACGCCAGACGACACCGACGACAAGCCAGAUGACAAGCCAGACGAAAAUCCAGACGACAAGUCAGACGACACCGACGACAAGCCAGACGACAUGCCAGACGACAAGUCCGAUGAAAAUCCAGACGACAAGUCAGACGUAACCUACGACCUCCCAGACGACACCGACGACAAGCCAGAUGACAUGCCAGACGACAUGCCCGACGACAUGCCCGACGACAAGCCAGAUGACAUGCCCAACGACAUGCCAGACGACACCGACGACAAGCCACAUGACGUCGUUGCCUUGCUUGACUACGAUGACACGGCGAUCGAGCCUGGACAGCCGUGCGUGCACAUCGACGAGUCGGCCGUGAGCGCGACACCCAAACAGGGGUGCCCUCUCCCUCUACUGGACAACAGCAUUUCGACCACGGAUUCUCAGCCGGUGGUUGUCGAAAUCGACAUCCUGUCCGACGCUUCUAACCAUCCGUCUCUGAAGCCGGUCGACCAAAACGAGCCAGGCAUGACAGUUCUGACCUUAAAACCCGUUGUAGAUGACGACGACGACUCUCAGCUAUAUAAUGUUCACAGUAGUGGCCAUCAAAGUGCUACAGUCUUAAAUGAGAUCUUACUUUAA